UUUUAUUUCUUUGGGUUAUUUGUGAAUGACUCCCAUACGUAUUCUUUAUUAUCCUGACCGUGUGGUUAUACAAAAUAUUCGUCCGUUUGUAAACAACAAUAUAGACUUGAGUGAUAUCAAUGCCAUAAUUGAUGCCACGAAUAGACUCUCCACAACCAACUCUGUAGGACAAGACACUGAAACAUCCUCCUUUCUAGUCAUUCCUUUUGAUGGACAACCAACAGAGACAACCAAAGUGCCUUAUGGUAAACCACAAGGUGUUGAAGUAGCUGUUGGAUUCUUGGGAGUUUUACACUUAUUGAGUGGACCUUUUGCUGUAUUUGCUUUACAAGUGAAACGAGUGGGUCAACUACCAGGUGCCACUCCUAUUUAUGCCAUUGCCAAGAUUCGUUUUGCAAAGCUAUUUGUUGGUACUGAUACCAAAGCAGAUAGAGAAUUGGGUUUAUCACAAACAAAACUAUUGGAGUCUGGACACGUAUUUUUCUCAGCGGAGUGCGACUUGACUAGAAGACUUCAGAAACAAUAUGCUUCCAGUAAUAGUACAUCUUCUGAUAGCUUUUCCUUUUGGUGGAAUUAUCGUCUUUGUAAAUAUUUGGGCAAUGCUCAUAUGCCUUGGUGUCUUAAGACUAUUUAUGGUUUUGUAGAAACAACAGAAUUGCAAUUGAUAUGUCAUGAACAUACAAAUAAUGCUUUAGAAGAUUGGAAGGGAAAUCAGUCCGAAACUUUUAUGCUGACAUUGAUAAGUCGUCGAAGUAGAAAGAGAGCUGGUUUACGAUAUAUCACUCGUGGAAUUGACCGAAGAGGAGAUGUUGCCAAUUUUGUUGAAACAGAACAGAUUAUUUGGAAAUCCUCUUCUCAUAGAAAGAAUGAUUCCUUUUCAUCUUUUGUGAUUAUUCGUGGCUCUGUUCCCGUUUUUUGGAGACAAAAUAAGGGCUCUGUAAAACCUCCUCCAGAAUUGGAUGCACCACUGGACUUGUGUCGACAAAGUUUUCGAAAACAUUUUCAAAACCUCAUUCGUUCCUAUGGCUCUUUGGUGGCACUUUCUUUGGUCGAUCAAACUGGCUCAGAAGCAAUAUUAGCUGCCACUUAUUCGAGACAUUUUGAGUUGGAUAUGGAUGAAUUAUGUUCUCAAUUAGCUUCGGAUAGUAUAUCACCUUUCUAUCGUCCACAACUCGUUUCUUUUGACUUUCAUGCUCAUUGUUCUGGAACAGAUUGGGAACAAGGUAUGCAAACUUUACUUCAACAAGUAAAGAGUUUUGCUAGUAGACAGAAAUUCUUUGUAUUGCAUUGUCAAGAUGAGAGUAAUUGUACAGUUCGUAGUCUACAAGAUGGAGUAUUUCGAGUCAACUGUGUGGACUGUUUGGACAGAACCAACGUAGCUCAAAGCGCUAUUGCUCGACAUUUAUUGGUACCUCAAGCCAAGUCAGUCUAUAUUGCUGGUAUGCAAUGGAACAAGACGAAAUCUAAUAGCCUAGUUGGUCCAUCACGAUUAGAAACAACGAGUGAAUCUCAAUUCAAUAAGAUAUGGUCCAAUAAUGCCGAUAUACUAUCCAAACAAUAUGCGGGAACUGGAGCUUUGAAGACCGAUUAUACACGUUCUGGAAAGCGCUCAACCAAAGGACUUUUUAAAGAUGGAGUCAAUUCAGUCAUGAGAAUGUAUUAUAAGAAUUUUGUGGAUGAAGAACGACAAGAUGCUAUGGACUUGUGGUUAGGAGUUGCAGUAAUCAAUUCUAUAUUUUCUCGUACUUUAUUAUGGAGCAGAUAUAAUAAUGUUCAACGUUUGUCUCCAGGAGGAGAUAAACAAUAUGUUAUGGUUGAGUUGAGAGAACAAGGAAUGGUACUUACAUCUCCUGAAGGUAUUCAUUAUGAAUAUCCUAGAAAGAGUUUUCUCCAAUGGAGUAAGCGUUUAUCAACUUCAGGCAAGGCAAGGCUACGAUUGUGGUUUGAUGAGUCUGUUUGUCCCGAAUCUCUCACUAUAGCUAAUCCUUUGGACUUGCAUUUUCACAAGGGAGGUCCAGCAGCUAGAGAACGUUUCUUAAGAGCUCUAGUAAGUUGGUCGGAUUUAUCCAUUCCAGGAUAUGGUCAACGCAUAAGAGUCCGAAUAUUUUCCACUAGUAAUGAAGCACCAUCCAGUUUUAGUGAAUGGGGAAUUCCUUCAUAUGAAGAGCAUAUUCAUCCAAAUUAUUCAAACGAUAUUGAAAUACUUUGUCUCAUCGUUCCUUCACCUGGUCCGAAUAGUCGUAAAUAUGGUCUGGCAGCUGUUCCUUUAGAUAUGGAUACUUUUGGUUAUCAUUUAGUUAGUGCUAUUGCUGCAGAUCGAAUAUGGGGACCAUCCAUGGCUGUCUUUGUAAAAGGCAAUAUUUCAAAAGGUUUGAUUAUGGAAGUGAAUGAACAUGCCUAUCGUUCCAGUAUGAUGAGUAAAGCCACUCAUGUUAUGAAUUCUGAUAUCAACAACAACAACAACAUUCGUUUGGAUAGAACAAAUAGUCACAAUGGAGGAGUUGCCAUAGGUUUGGAAGUUUCUGGAGUUGCAUUAUGUUUUGUAGGUGUUCAUGUACAGGGUCCACGUGAAUUAUUUGAUGUCUUAACCCAUUUAAGAGUAGGAAGACCGGACUUUGAUAUCACCAAUCAGUUUCCCUAUUUUUAUUUAAGUGGCAUGAUUCAUGGAGACCUUCAUUGGUCAAGGAAGAAUGCGAAAGGCGAUCCUAUAUGGGCUAAAAUGGCUGAUGGCUCUCAAGUAAUGACAUUUGAAAGUGGAACAUCUUUGAUGAGAAAUUCUUUUCCUAAUUGGGAGUAUCUUGAGAACUUACAAACUCAUGAAAGAAUUCCCUUUCAUAAUGCAACCAGCAGCUCUUCUCCCCAUUCACUUAUACAACCACUUAUUGAUGAAUAUAUACCUGGUAGACCAUUACCUCAAUUGACCAAAGAUAUAUAUAUUUGUGAUGUUUGGAUUUCUCAUUUAGCUGCAAACCAUCUUCGUCUACCUCCAGGUACAGACCCUGGUCUUCCAUUGAGUUUCUAUUUGUCAUUUGAAAAUGAUUGGGUCGAAGAUGGAGUUACAACCAAAAUAGUUCAACGUGGUAAUCAACCUUAUUGGUCGGAAGCUGUAUUGGUUCGAAUGCUAUUGACACAAGAUGUGGCAGACCUUUGUGAUCAAUAUUUAUUAGGUCGAGUUAUGAUUGAGACGCCUUUUGUGGAAGAUAUAGCAGCAGGAUAUUUUAUUUUACCACUUUAUGCAACAGGAAACUUUGAUAUUCCGAUUCGAUUGGGUGGAGUUUAUGCUGGAUGUUUAUCUGGUUUGUUACAAAUACAAAAGAUGCCAAUGACUGAAACGAUGUUAUGGGAUGAGAAGAAUGAUUCUAAUAUUCAGUCUUCUUCUCAACACGACGUUGUUGUUGGAAAGGAGUUUGGACACUUUCAUAGGCAACCCUCAACUCCUCCUUCUAGUCAUCAUUCUCCACAUAUCAAACGAACCAAUAAGAAAAAAGUUCGUAAAUGGGUCGGUAAAGUAACCAAUAUAUUUCGAAAUCGACAUCGAAGUGGUUCAGAUGCAUUUGAUACUCCACAAGACCAUUUCACAAGUCAUGAUGAAUGGACUUCUUCCAUGAACCACAACACAGAUGAUGACUUGAUUGCUACAUCUCGUGGAAUAUCUGAAGAAUAUGGGGAGGAGGAGGAUGACCCAAAUAGACCAUCAUCCUCAUCAUCUUCUUCUGAUAGAGAAGAACAAGUAUCGGAUCAUACAAACAAACAACAACAACAACAAGAUUGGUUUGAUUCUUCAGCCCUCAUUGAAUUGGAUUAUGAGCCGACUGAAUCCAACACCAGAACGAAAAGUGUACAAAGAAGCUUUGAUGAUUUGUUGAUAAGCGAACCUGUAGAGACUAACAAGUCUUCCAAAGGCAAACCAAGUGUAGAUGAUUUGUUAAAUUGUUGAUAUCCAUCAACAACUCGUGAAUAUCCUCUUUUGUG